CGUCUCCGUCUGUGAUUCUAGAACUCGGCGCAGGCACAGGAAUGUUUACCAAGGUCAUGGCAGAUGUUCUUAAAGGAUCCAAAACCAAGUUCAUAGCAAGUGAUCCUAGCGAGAACAUGGUGGAAAAUUUUAGAAAUUCCCUGCCUGAAAUCGAAUGCAAACAAUUCCCCGCUCAAGCAAUUGAUCUUCCCGAUGAAAGUGUCAAUGCUGUCGUUGUUGCAAAUGCAUUACACUGGUUUGCAGAUUCCAAAGAGAGUUUUAACGAGAUUCAUCGUGUUCUUGUACCUGGCGGAAAGUUUGGCAUAUUUUGGUGUACUCACGAUUAUACAUGCCCUUGGAUAUCCGAUAUUGCUGCAUUCUUACAACAUCUUUAUCACCAGUUAAAAGUACAUUACUCAGGGUCGGAGUCCGGUAAAAAUCACUUUAUGUCGAAAGUGAAAGAAUCUGAAAAAUUUCACAAAUUCAAGGGUGAUGCGAGUUUGUUUCGUUUUGAAGUCCCAACGACCUCCGAUUCUAUUUAUGAGUACUUUUGCUCCUUCAGCGUCGUGUCCAUUGCCGAUGAAGAAACGAAGUUGGCAUUCAAAAGUGUGUUUGACAAUAGUAUCAAGAAAUUCUUUACCGAUGAAGGCCAAGAAUUCAAAAGUAUAACACUUGUGUCAGCAGUAUUCUGGUGUGAAAGA